CUGAAGGCAGCAGCAGAAGGUGACUUGAAGCUUAAAGUUUUGCCUUAGAGUAACUGAUUUGAUUUCACUGUUGGUGUCAGCAGGUGGUAGCGAAGAAUUUCACUUGCAAACCAUUCAGCUGGACUCACCUGUGCAGUUGAGCUCUGAAUUUCCAACCAUGGACCAAUCACUGUCUGGUGGGCGGUGUCAAGUGAGCGUGCUCAGCUGUUUCCCGCCUUCUGUAGGCAGAGAUAUUGCUGUUGCUGUGGUGAAACCCCUGGGAGCUGGCCUUGGAAACCCUGGCACCCGUAGCUUGCUAUGCACAGACAAACAGGUAAAGUGGACAAUGGAGGUCUUGUGUUAUGGCCUCACUCUCCCACUAGAAGGAGAUACCGUCAAACUCUGCGUGGACAUCUACACUGAUUGGCUAAUGGCCCUGGUUUCCCCAAGAGACUCCACUCCUCCACCAAUCAGCAGAGACCCCAACCUGUAUGUCCAGAAGAUCCUCCGACACCUGUUCAAUCUGUUCUUGCCCAGGUCUGACCAGGUAAAUCUGGUCUACCUGUCUCUCUAUCAGCAGGUUCUGUGUGCUGUCCAAGUACUGGCUAAAGAGAGUACCAUGAUGAGUAGAGACACCUGGGAGACUCUGUUGCACUUCUUGCUUCGCAUCAACCAUGCCAUGCUGUCUCCAGCAACUGCUGCAGGUGGUGUAUCAGACAUGUUGAUGGCAGUGCUCCUUGAAGUGUGGCUGCUGUCUUGCUCUCGAUGUUUUCCAUCUCGCUCACUAUGGCAGACAUGCAGACAGAUGUUGAGCAGCUGGAGACAUCAGCCUGCAGUUGUGGAACAGUGGUGCAGAGUUGUUGCAGCCUUAACUUCCAGGUUGCUGCAGCUGACUUUUGGGCCAUCAUUCCCUCACUUUAAAGUCCCAGAAGAAGAUGCUGCCCUGAUCCCCGAGGACAUGGAUGAUAAACGAAUCCCCCAGACCUGGUUCAGGUUCCUGCACUUAUUUAGUAAUCCGGUGGAGCUUAGUCGCACAGCAGCUGUUGUUCCAUCUCAAGUUUCACAGGGGGAGGUGUUGAGAAGAGGUGACAGUCAGCUACCAAACAUCUUCUUUAAAGCCAUGAGUGGAGUCGGUAUCCUUGUCAACGCCUUCCUGGGUGUGACUGUGGAAAGUAAAGAAACAAUAGAACAACUCCUUCCAAACACUGGAAUGACAACAAAACUGCACUUCAGAGACCGGCUGCCUUCUUUUGGUAUUUCUGUGACCAAAAGCCCGUUCAGAGACCGUCUGCCCUCCUAUGGUAUCUCCCGGCCUCGUUCUGGCAGUGCACCACCCACUCCAGUGAAUGUACUGAGCAUGCCAAGCUCCCCUUCCUCAACCAGUUCCUCCCCUCCAUACAACAGACAAGUGACAGCAGCAAAUUUUUCCAAGACAACCACCAAGACUCCCACGAUUCCAUCAUGCCAUUGGAAAUCUUUCUCCCAGCUUCCUUCCUUCUCCUCCCUGUUUUGUUCAUCUCUCAGACCCUCUCCCUCACCCCUCAGGUGUAAUGUGGACCACCUUCUACAUCUGUUUGGUUGCUGGCUGUUUGAUGCUGCACUAAUCAGCAGAGACUCUGCUGGGCAGGGUGAUGUUGCUGUGAUGUCAAAUGGAUGGGCGGCAGGUCGAGCUGAGGCUUGUGGGACACUUUGCAGGAUCUUCAGCUGCAGGAAGACGGCAGAGGAAAUUCUGUCUGUCUACCUGUCCAGGUUCUACCUGGUUUUGGUACAGGGUCUUCAAGUGUCAGAGAAGGCCAGUUCCCCUGUUCUGGCCUCCAUUCUGCUGAACUCCACCUCUCUGUUCUGCUGUGACCUAAGAGGAGUCAACAUACUGCUACCUCCCUUUAUCUCAGCUCUGGAAAAUGUGCUGCUUGACAGAGAGCUACUGAAGUUUAAGAAUUUUGUCACUCUGGUGGAUUUAAGGCGAGCCUCCAUCCUAGUCCUGCUUUCCCUGCUGCCCAUCCCUAUGCACUUUGGAUCAGUCCAGUUAGAGGAGUUACAGGAUAGGAAGUUAAGCGCUGAUGCUGCAACAAGUACCCUCCUGUUGCUGAAGCCACGCCUUAUCAGUGUCCUGAUUGGAGCUCUGCAGACAGAGGCAGACACCUGUAACAUACAGCUCCUCCUGGCGGCCAUGUUGAAUCUGAUUCAGGAUUCAGCUGUGUUAGAGCCCGCAGGACGAACUCAACAAGAAACUGAGCCCCUGCUUACUGGGACCAGUAAACUCAAACAGGCUUUGGGAGCAAGUCAGACCAGUUCAAACCGAUGGACCAGAGGAUCGAAUGCAGUGGCAGUUUUGUGGGUUCAAUCUCUACGUUUGCUCACUCAGCGUCUGACGUCUCAGUGGAGGAAUGAUUCAGCAGUUUGUCUGUCUGCCCUGGAAGUACUGGGAGGAUUGGCCAAGGUGGAAGUGCGAGUGGAGGAGUCAGAGAGGAUGCGAGUAGUCAGUUCAGUCUGCACCUACAUUGUUUUUCAGUGCAGUCGUCCUCCUCCUCUUCACUCCAGAGAUCUGCACUCCAUCAUUGUUGCUGCCUUCCAGUGUCUCAAUGUCUGGUUAACGCAACAUCCCACACUGCUUGGCCAUAAGGAGUGUUUGUUGGAGGUCCUGGAGAUCGUGGAACUCGGGAUUUCAGGCAGUAAGUCUAGACAGGAACAAAAAGUGAGAUGUAAAGAGGAGAAAGACCAAAACCCAGCCUCUCUGAGGGUGAAGGAGGCAGCUGAGGCCACACUUAGCUGUGUUAUGCAGGUUUCAGAGGCAUUCCCUUUCGUCAGUGGUAUCCUCAAUGAGGAUGUUCUGGUUCGUUCUUCCUGUCAGAGUGACAGCAGUCUUGAGAAGUUCAGAUAUUUUGUGGUGGAAAGCUCCAUGAUCCUAGCCUUUUUGGAGCAAACACUGGGACGUGAACAGGCACAGUAUCCAUCACUCAUCAUGGUGACCAGGGGAGCGUCAGGACGCCACACCUGGAGUCUAGAGCUUUGUCCAAAGCCUCACGAGGGACAAGCUGACACACAGGAACCCCUGAUACCAGAACAGCACAGCAUGGCCCAGGAAGAUGCCAGAAUACAAACUGUUAUCAAACAGCAGCUGCUUUCUGAAAGUUUUGAUACAGUUCCAUCAGUUAAAGCAGAUCAUAGUAUUCCAGCUCUGCAUGAGACCAUUACUGAGGAGGUGCAGCAGCAACUAGAACAUCUGCGAACAGCUUUAAAGAGACAGCAGCAAGUCGAGGCUCGACCACAAGCGAGCAGUCGUUCGGCUGUCCCGAUGACCUGUAAACCUCCUCCACCUGUCACCCAUUUCCAGGCGGCAAGACUGUUCCUGUCCCACUUGGGCCUGCUGACACCUGAGAGUGUAAAGGAUCCAGGUAUCAGUGGUGUUCCAGCUCCGCUUGUGGUGCUCGACUCAUCUCUUCCUGGUUUCUUUGACAGCCUGAGAAAUUUGGACCAGCAGCCAUCAAGAAUCUACGAUUCCACCUUUAUCUUCUACAUGGGAGCAGCACAGAGGACAGAGGCUGAGAUCCUGAAGAAUGUGGAGUCGGCCUGCAAUGUCCAUUCACACUUCCUUGACUUCCUGUCAUCUCUUGGUUGGCCGGUGGAGGUGGGACAGGUGGGCAGGGUCAGCACUAGCAGAUCCGAAUUUUCUUCUGUGCUGGGUGACAGCGGAGGGAGUGUGUUUGACGGGAAGCGGUUCAUCCUGAUGUUCACAGACUGUCUGACAGAGCUCACCUUCAUUGUCCCAUCACUGCUACACAGUCAUGAUGGCUCGUCAAAGAGUUCAGAGGUGUUGUUCCCACCUGCUGAGUCACCACUCAACCUACCACGUCACUCUAAAUCCAAUAGUUAUCCAGCAAUGAUGCCAUGUAACAGCCCUGAAUGCAACUUGAUGAUAGUCUGGGUCGAACGGUUCGAGGACAUUGAGAAUUUCCCUGUGUCUGGUCUCCUGUCACAUACCAGGUCACAAACAGAGAUGAGUAUAUCCACAAUCCAGCUGAUUUUUAUACAUCCUCUGAAAACUGGACUCUACCGAAUCCAUGUCAGUGAAAACACCACCAGCAAGUUUGGUUUGGUAGUCCCAUUGGUCAGCGGGAGUGUGGUCAGCAAGAGGUCACUGGGUUUUUUGGUUAGGGAGAUGAUGAUAAACUGGUGCCACCGAAGAUUGUUAGAAAGUGACUCUACUCCACCACCUCACAUUAGAAGAAAGCACAUGAUCAAUGACAUCACUCUUCGCUACCGCAGCCGCCACUCUGAACCUGCCUUUUACUCUUCCCUUUUCUAUGAACCCUAAUCUGCUAGCCCUGCAAGUGUGUGUGUGUGUGUGUGUGUGUGUGUGUGUGUGUGUGUGUGUGUGUGUGUGUGUGUGUGUGUGUGUGUGUGAGAGAGAGAGAGAGUAUGAAAGGGUUGUUAAGUUAGCCAAUCAGACAAAAAAGGUUCUGUUUCAGCCUCCAGCUAAAGACUAGACUAAACAUUGAAAUUAAAGAUAAUAUAUACAGAUAUUGUAUGUUUUUUUUGUUUUAAAAAGGAAAGCAAAAACCUGUGUACUUUAAGAGUCUUAUGUUCAUCCCAUCAGCCAACUAAUUGGUCCUCUGUUGAAUUACAUUGACCAUUUUAUAGCAAAAUACCUUUACAAUGCAAACUACAGAGCAUAUGCAAUGACACAUCUGUUUUUUGUUUUUGUUUUUUGUUUUUGGG